AUGACAGACACUAAGAUCUGUCCAGUCACGGCAUCUAAUUUAUCCGACCAUGGAAGACAAUACUCUCUUCGUCAGUUUUUGGAUAAUUGGGAAGACUAUUACGAAAGCAAUUAUCGCAAUAAUCCCGAUUAUUGGCAUGCAAGACGAGCAUUUCUAAGCAGCUACCAUUUCUCGGAGGAAAUCGGUACUAAGGACAAGCUGAAGAGGUCGGCAAAGGAGAUCAAAGAGACAGUCAUCGGAGUUGUUACGAGCAUCCGAGAAGAAGUUUCCAAGAGAAGGAUUGGGAUCAAAGUUUUCAAGUUCACUCUGGGUUUGCCAUCUUUGAUGCUUGGAAGGCUAUUGCGAGAGCAAUUAUCGCAAUUAUCGCGAUUAUUGGCAUGCAAGACGAGCAUUUCUAAGCAAUUACCAUUUCUGGAUGACAAGCUGAGAAGGUCCGUAAAGGAGAUCAACAAGGCUGUCAUCUGA